AUGAUAACUUUUUCAAUGGCUACAGAUCUGCAUUCAAUACGGACAUGGCUUCGCAAUGCUUUGGAGAAAGUUCAAUACGCACAUCCUGAUCGAGUAUUUCGAGACAUUGACGCCACUCUAGCAAUGUUCGGUAAAUCGUUGACUUUAAAGACAGAUACUUAUACAUACGAUGAUGGCAAAAGUAAAGCUUUGUUAUGUCUUCACGGAACAAUUCCAAUUACUUUCAAAUCAACACCAUACAACAUUCCUAUCGACAUUUGGAUCCCAACUGAAUAUCCUAUGACUGCACCCAUCGUACUCGUGGUUCCAACUUCUAAUAUGUUAGUAAGACCAUCAAAAAUUGUUGAUGUGAGUGGUCGAUGUCAACAUACAUAUUUGCAGCAUUGGGGAAUUAAUCCACAGGAGGAAUCAAAUAUUGUUACAUUAUGUACAAUUUUACAAGGCGUGUUUAGCCAAAACCCACCUGUAUGCACAAAACCUACUUCUCAACCUUCACCGGCUCCGCAAUUAUUACAUCAACCACCUACCAAUGGAGGUCAGAAUACUUUAAAGUCCCCAGUUCUUCAUGCGUAUCAUCCACAAUCGCCAACACCACCUCCUUUACCGCCUCCUCCACCUUAUCAAUCUGUUGCAACAAAUAAACCGGCCAGUAGGCCGAGAAGUCGUAGUCAAGCUGCACCUGUUCCCCCUCCAAAUCCACGGUAUAUGUUCCCGUCACAAAAUCAUAUUUAUCAACAACAGCCACCUUCACAACAACAUUCUAACUCAUUACCAAGGUUCCUAUCUGGUGAAGAUUCUUCACAGCUUGUUUCAAGCAUACUUGAUGAACCAUCACCACUUUUUGUCCCACAGCCUGCACCAUUGCCAACAACGCAAAAUCCUGAACUGGUAAAAUUACAAUCUGCAGUUUAUGAAAAAGUUAAAAAUACUUGUAAUGAAUACUUUGAAAUAUCGACACCAGAAAUACAUAGAAUAAUGGGAUUUGGUGAACAGCUAAAUACAAGCAAAGAACGCAUUAAUCAGGAACGUGAACAUUUAUUUAAUUUAGAAAAUAAAAUAAAAGAAAAAACUGAAAUUUUAAAGAAUAAAGUGGCUGAAGUUGAUAAGUUAAUAGAGAAAGUUACAAACAUGCCAGAAGUUUCGGUUGAUGAUAUCCUAUGUGGAACGACUAUAGUAUACAAUCAGUUAUUUGAAUUGGUGGCCGAAGAUAAUGCAAUCGAAGAUACAAUUUAUUAUUUAGGGAAAGCUUUAUCCACUGAGAGAAUAGAUUUGAAUACAUAUAUGAAGAAUAUUCGCACACUAGCACGAGAGCAAUUUACGCGUAGAGCUCUAAUUCAAAAAAUUCGUCGACAAACAGGUUUCGAUAAGUUAGGUCAUCGGUGA